CUGCUCUAUAAGUGUCUGUCGUUCCUGUUGGAAUUUAGGACACUGUACUAUGACAUGUUCUACGGUUUCUUGAAUGCCACACUCACAGUAACCAUCAGCAUGCUUUCUCAUUAGGACUAGUGUGCUGUUCAACCCCUGUCAGGUUUCUGCGGGUUUCUGUUGUUCAUGUUGUCUCCAAGAAAUACGUCAUCAUUUAGCGACAGUGACAUUUGCGAACGAGCUUCGAAAAUGGCUCCGUCGCCAACCAAGAGGAAGGAUCGCUCGGACGACAAGACCAAAGAACGAGGGAAGGAGAAAGCAAGCACCAAAGAAGGGGCGGACAAGGAGAGGGGCAGAGAGAAGGGGCGCAAACGCCGCAGUGCGUCCACAGGCAGUAGCAGCUCCAGUUCCAGCAGUAGCUCGGGCUCCAGCUCGGGUUCGUCCAGCGGGUCCAGCUCGUCCUCGGCCUCCAGUCGCUCGGGAUCCUCCAGCUCCCGCUCCUCCAGCUCCUCCAGCUCCUCGGGGUCGCCCACACCCAACCGCCGCCGCCACGACAACCGCAGACGCUCUCGCUCCAAGUCCAAGUCAGUGAAGAAAGACGACAAAGAACGGAGGCGCAGAAGCCCCAGCCCAAGGCCCACGAAGGUCUACCUGGGCCGCCUCACCAGGAACGUCAUCAAGGAACACAUCCAGGAGAUCUUCUCCACCUAUGGGAAGAUCAAGAUGAUCGAUAUGCCCAUGGACAGGCUCCACCCCCACCUGUCUAAGGGCUACUGCUACGUGGAGUAUGAGACAGCCGACGAGGCGGAGAAGGCCCUCAAGCACAUGGAUGGAGGUCAGAUUGACGGGCAGGAGAUCACCGCCACCGCAGUGCUGGCCCUCAGGGUGCGCCCCCGCCCUCGGCCCUCCCCUCCCCGCAGGAUGCCCCCCCCGCCGCCCAUGUGGCGCAGGACCCCCCCACGGAUGAGGAGGAGGUCCCGCUCGCCUCGACGACGGUCUCCAGUCCGUCGCCGUUCCCGAUCUCGCUCGCCUGGCCGAAGACGCCAUCGUUCGCGUUCCAGCUCCAACUCCUCCCGAUAAAAACCCGCAGGCUGACCCAAGUACCCCAUGCGCCAAGCAUUAGCGUGACCCUUCAGUGUUUGAUAAGCUACCUGCCUGUCAGUGACAAUUCCACAUCAUUUCUCAUUUCUGACGGCCAUGUUACAAAGAGGUGAAGGUUG